AUGAAGUCCAGAGAAGUAGACACCAGAGUUCAAUUUGAGUUAGAAGAACAACAACCUCCCGGUACUAUUGUUGGGACGAUUCCCAUAAAACCGCAUUUUACUUACCGUUUCAACGAUAAACCAAAUCACUUUGAGCUCAACAAAACAACAGGAACAAUAACUACCACUACAGAGAUAGACAGAGAAAACCUUGUGAGCGACAGGUUCGACCUUGUGAUCUUGAGCAGUCAGCCCACUUAUCCAAUCGAAGUACGAAUUGUCAUACUAGACAUUAAUGACAAUAACCCCGUGUUUCCUGACUCUAGUUUACAAGUAUCAUUUUCUGAAAGUGCCAAUAUCGGAACUAGGGUUAUUCUAGACACAGCAACAGAUGGCGAUGUAGGCAUCAAUGACAUAACCACAGAUUACACAAUAGUUUCAGGUAACGAGGACGAAGUGUUCAGAUUAGUAGUAACGACCAAUCCUAGUGGAGAAACCCCUUAUCUACACCUGGAAACCACGGGACGAUUUGAUCGAGAGGUGAAGUCUAAUUAUGAAUUGAAUAUUUCUGCCCAAGAUGGCGGUAGUCCGCCACGAUUUGGAUUCCUUCAGGUAAAUGUUACGGUUCUGGACGUGAACGACAACCCACCUUUAUUUGAUCAUAGCGACUACUCGGUUAGUUUGAAUGAAAGUUUACCACCAGGGACGACUGUGUUACAGGUUCAUGCCACCGAUAAUGACAUAGGCGACAACGCUAAGAUUACUUAUUUUCUGAGUCAGACAGAGACUCAGUUUGCCAUAGAUUCUCAAACCGGAGUUAUUUCAACCAUGAAUUAUUUAAAUUGCCAGGAAGAAUGCCCAGCACUUGAGAAUUGUCCAAAGAGCUGUGUAUUUACCGUUUUUGCCCGAGACUAUGGUUCACCUCGACAAGAUGGCCGAGCUUAUGUUACAGUUAACCUGCUGGAUGCUAAUGACCACGAUCCUAUAAUCCGUUUUCGAUUUUUUCCAGCAACAGCUAAAUAUGCUACUGUGGACGAAAAUGCCCAAAACGGAUCAGUAGUUGCUGCAGUUAGUGUAAUCGACUUUGACGAGGGAGUGAAUGGAGAGACGAUUGUGGAAAUUCAGGGAGGAAAUGAGCAGUCUCAUUUCAGAUUAGAAUCUACCCCCAGUUUUGACAUCGUCCGUGUUAAUGGUAUUCUAGAUCGUGAACAAAUCAGCAAAUAUAAUCUCACCAUUACAGCUAAAGACAUGGGCAUUCCAAUCCGAAGCUCGACAGCAUUUUUAAUUAUCCACGUGAAUGACGUGAACGACCACGAACCGGUGUUUGAAAAGACCGAAUAUUCUGCUGUCCUCAGUGAGCUAGUACCUGUGGGGACCUUUGUCGCUGCCAUCAAAGCUGAAGAUGAAGACUCUGGGGUUAAUUCCCAAAUUUAUUAUUCAAUAGCCUCUGGGAAUGAAAAACGCUGGUUCAGUUUGGACUUCAAAACAGGUCUUAUUACCACGGCACAGCUUUUGAACAGAGAAGAGCAAGAUUUCUUGAAGCUCAAAAUAUCUGCUCGUGAUGGUGGAUCCAACCCACGCUGGGCUCAUACUUAUCUGAAAAUACAGGUCUUGGAUGAGAAUGAUGAAACCCCGACCUUCUCUGAAGAGAUGAAAAAUGUAGUUUUGUCAGAAAGUGCUCCUGUAGGUUCUUUGGUUACAGUAUUAUCCGCUACAGACAAUGAUCUGGGAACGAAUGGAAGUUUAGAAUAUGUACUAGCUCCGGAAACACUUCAACAAUACGGCGAUGUUUUCGCCCUAGACGAUACUCACGGGCGUUUGACCACUAAGAUUCAACUGGACAGGGAAGACAAAGCAGUACAUAUUAUUAAAGCAAUUGCUAUGGAUAAAGGAAUUCCGCCUCUGUCUUCUACAGUGACCUUACAAUUGAAUGUGUUAGAUGUUAAUGAUAAUGAUCCUGUUUUCUACCCUAAACAAUAUUUUGCACUAGUUACAGAAAAUACACCUGUUGGAACUUCAUUAGCCCGUGUUAUUGCUGAAGAUCCGGAUGAAGAAAGAAAUGGUAGGAUUAGGUAUUCCAUGCUUAGUGGCGCUGAUGGAAAAUUUGACAUCGAAGAAGAUACUGGAACAAUAAAAACAAGUAUGCCAAUUAAGAGUCACUUAAGGUCUAAAUACGAGAUACUUAUUAGUGCUAAAAAUGAGGAAAGACAAUCUCAAGAGCAGGCCGUAGUUCAGAUUUAUGUUGAUCAGGAAGCAAAUACACUCAAAUUUGAUGAACCUCUUGGUUACAAAUUUUUGGUUGAAGAAGACCCAGAAGGCCAAGAACCAAAUAUUGGUCGAGAAGUUGGUCGAGUUUCUUUAGUUCGAAAUGAAGAGUCUAGUGAUGCAAAAUACACUAUAGCAUCUGGUAACUUCCUUGGUUGGUUUAAAAUUGAAGAUCGAUCUGGAAUCAUAAGCACAGCACAACAAAUUGAUAGAGAGAUUAAAUCAGAGUUUAUCCUGAUAGUCGUUGCCUUUGGAAGGGUAGGAUUUACUGAAACUGUUGUUAACAUAACAAUACUUGAUAUCAAUGAUUAUCCACCGACGUUUGAAAUUUCUUCACCAAUUGAAACACUGCUUGAAAAUUGGCCCGUGGGCCACGAAGUUUAUUUGGCCAGAUGUGUAGAUUUGGAUCUUGGUUCCAACAGUGAGCUUGAGUUUUCAUUAACGAUCAAUCCAGAUGACACCUUCACCAUCAGUAAGAACACGGGAAUGAUCUAUUUGAACCGCCCAGUAAAAUUUAUGGCAGGCACUUAUUACAAGGUGGAAAUAACCGCUAGAGACAGGGGCAUUCCUUCACUGGCCUCCAGGCAAGAAAUUGUUGUAAUGGUAGAAGAUGUGAAUGACCACACCCCAGUUUUCGACCAGGUUUCAUAUGAAACAUCGCUGUUGGAAUCCACUAUGGUAAAUAACAGGUUUUUUGUCCUUCGAGCCACUGAUGGUGACUCUGCAGAAAAUGGGCAUGUUUCAUAUCAGGUCGUGGAUGGAAAUGAAGAGUUAAAAUUUGGCAUUUUUCCUGAUGGCCAGUUAUAUGUGAGAAGUGAGCUGGAUAGAGAAAAACGUGAUUAUUACUCUCUAACUGUGCAAGCUAAAGAUAAUGGAACAAAGCCACGAAGCUCAGACGUUUCAGUUGUGAUUCAUAUUAUAGAUGAAAAUGACAAUAAACCACAAUUUGAUAACGACACUUUCAUUUUUUACGUGGCUGAAAAUGAACCACCGGACACUUACAUAGGAAGACUAACUGCUGAUGAUGAAGAUAAGGGAAAGAACGCAGAACUAUCAUUUUCAAUUAGUACAAAUCAAAACGACUUCAUGGUGGAUCCUAAAACUGGUCUUAUCCGAACUUUGCACGAGUUCGACCGAGAAAAAUUGGUGGAGGUUUCUGGUCACGAUUACAUAAUCAUGGAAGCUGUCGUGUUGGAUGGAGGCUUGACUAGACUGAGAGCCGAAGCCAAGGUCGUCGUUUAUGUAUCAGACGUAAAUGAUAACACUCCCAUGUUUCUCCGUACGCCUUACCACACUACCAUCUCCGAAGGAGCAUCAUUGCAGACUCAAGCUUUGCGUGUUAGCGCUACUGAUAUUGAUAGCGGAAUAAAUGGUAAUGUUCUGUACUCUAUAUCUGCAGGAAAUUCCGAAGGAAGCUUUUCGAUUAAUGAAGCCAGUGGACAGAUUACCGUCGUUAAAACUCUAGAUAGAGAGAAGACCCCUCGAUUUGUUUUAAUUGUCCUGGCCACAGACACUGGAGAACAUGAGCAUCACACUUCAACUGCCACAGUUACUAUUGAUGUCUUGGACGAAAAUGAUAACUCCCCAGUGUUUCAGUUUCCUAAGCAGCGUGUUGAAAUAUCUGAAGAUACGCCCGUUGGAUACAGUAUAUUUACCUUUUCUGCAACCGAUGCUGAUGAAGGGAUCAACGGAGAAGUUUCUUAUUCUAUUGGUGCUGGAAACAACAAAGAAACUUUUAAAAUUGAUAGCACAGCUGGGGUGCUUUUUCUUGACCGGCCGCUAGAUUAUGAAGAACAUAGCAUUUACUACCUUAAUGUUAGUGCCAGCGACGGAGGAGCUCCGAGAUUGACAACAACUAUACAGUUUCCAAUAAGAGUUAUCGAUGUGAAUGACAAUCAACCCGUUUUCCCUAACAUUGCCAUAGUAAGACAAAUAGAAGAGGGAAUACCACCUAAAACACCGGUGGUAACCAUUACAGCAGAGGAUAAAGAUUCUGGCAUCAAUGGUGAAGUUACUUACCAUAUCAAACAUCAAGAGCCACCUGGCGAUCACUUCACUAUUAAACCUGAAACUGGAGUUAUAGUUACUACCAAGGAUAUCGACCGUGAAUACAGCGACACCUUCCGGUUGACAGUGGUAGCAUCCGAUCAGGCUCUUCCGGUAGGAAAUAGACUAUUUUCUGAGAAAACAGUGACAAUAAUUGUAGAUGAUGUUAACGACAAUGCUCCAAUGUUUGUCUCUAUGGAUGCUGGUGUUUUACCAGAGGAUUCUGACAAUGGGUACGUCAUUAUGACGGUGACGGCUGUCGAUCGAGACACCAACACCAACGGCAUGGUGACAUAUGAACUAGUAGAAGGGAGAAACGAUCUGUUCUAUUUGGACGGUACUUCAGGUGAAUUGUAUCUUUCUCAUCCAGCAAACCAGCCCCAGGUUCUUUAUUCUUUAACGGUACAAGCGACUGAUGAAGCCGAGUCCUGGAAUGCGAAGUCUUCAAGAAACAAAAUAACUGUGAUCGGGACGACAAAGCGUGAACGAGGUCCACUGUUUAGUGCUUCUGAAUAUUCUGGGUCAGUUUUUGAGAAUGAACCGGUAGGUACUGUUGUGUUAUCAGUUCGAGCUCAGUACCCUAGCGGCCCUGCAGGCGAUGUGGAGUACUACUUGACGGCAAUUUAUGGUAAUGACCUACCACAAAACCGCGUUUUUGCAAUCAAUAAGAAGAACGGUGUAAUAACUACAGCUGUAGUUUUGGACCGGGACAAUAAUGUUCAAGUCUAUGAACUGGAGAUAUAUGCAGUAGACAUCAGUGUGAGAACACCCAAAACAUCAAAAACGAAGGUCACUAUUACAGUUCAGGACAGAAAUGACAGUCCCCCUCAUUUUGUGAAUGGACCAUACAAGUUAUCUUUAUUUGAGGAUAUCCCUUUAGGUCAUACAGUUAUGACUAUUUCAGCAACUGAUCCAGAUUUAGAAGGAGAGUUAUCCUAUGCCUUAGUGGCCACUCAUGCAAGGUCACAGUUUGAGAUUGAUUCCACGUCUGGUAUCCUGGUUCUUCUAGAACCUUUGGACAGGGAAAUGCAAGAGUUUUAUAGUUUAAUGGUCCAGGCAAAUGAUGGAGUACAAACAUCGAGAACAGAGAUCAUCAUUACAGUUACUGACACAAAUGACAAUCCUCCAGAGUUUGAGGAUUCAGUUUAUUCUUUUGACAUUCCCGAAGAGAUCCAGAGAGGAGCUUCAGUUGGUAAAGUUUCAGCAACAGAUGUUGACAUUGGUGUCAAUGGACAAAUCAGUUAUAGUGUUGUGAGUGAUUGGGGAAAUGAUGUUUUUUCUCUUAACCCACAAAGUGGUGUUUUUACAUUAACUUCCCAUUUGGACUAUGAACAGGUUCAACACUAUGUCUUUGUUGUACAAGCUCAAGACUCAGGCCAACCUGUGAUGUCCAGUACUGUUACUGUUUACUUUAAUGUUCUGGAUCUCAAUGACAACACACCUCUUUUUGAUCCAAUGAGCUACAGCAAUGAAGUGCAUGAAAACGUCACAGUAGGUACAAGCAUCAUCACAGUCAGUGCCACAGACUUAGAUUCAGGAGACAAUGGUAAAAUAGAAUAUGAUAUUGUGGGGGGAGAUGAAGACAACCAGUUCGGAGUCUCAGCAAAUGGUACAAUUUUUACUUCAGAACCUCUUGAUCGAGAAACUCAUUCCUUUUACAACUUAAUUGUUAGUGCUACUGACCAAGCAUGGCCAGUAGAAAGACGUUUGUCCAGCACAGUUCAAGUGACUAUUAUUCUAAAGGACAUAAAUGAUGCAUUUCCAGAAUUUAUCACUCCAAACACCACAUCUGUUCUGGAAAAUGUACCAGUUAACACAGUCGUCAUGGCAAUAAAAGCUAUUGAUCAUGAUGAAGGGAGAAACAGUUACAUAGAAUAUAGCCUUUCAUCUUCAGCAGAUAAGUUUCUACUUGGACCAGUAGAUGGGCUUCUUCGGGUUAAUGGACCACUUGACCGGGAAAUACAGUCUAAAUAUGAAAUCACAGUAAUCGCCAAGGAUAGAGGGACUCCAUUAAGGUCUUCUUCUGUAAAUAUUGUUAUUAACAUCUUGGAUGAAAAUGAUAACAAUCCAACAUUUGACCCUAGACAGUAUAAUGCAUCAAUAUCAGAAAAUGCAAGUAUAGGAGUGAGUGUUCUAGAGGUUUCAGCAACUGAUCAGGAUGAAGGUUUAAGUGGACAAGUUCGUUAUUCCAUCAUUGCAGGAGACAGUAAUCAUGAUUUCAUAAUUGGUGAAGACACAGGAAUCAUUAGAGUGGGCAAGAAUUUAGAUUAUGAAAGAAAAAAUCGCUAUACCCUCACCAUACAAGUAGAGGAUGCUGGAGAGGAUGUACGUUAUGAUACUGCUACUGUUACUAUAAUGGUAAAAGAUAUAAAUGAUAACCCUCCAACUUUCUUGAAUUCUCCCCAUGAAGUACAUAUUAUGGAGAACAUAGAAACUUUGCCAGCUUCAUUAGUAACUAUAGCAGCUCAAGAUGCUGACUUCCUUCCUAAUAAUCAUAUCCAUUAUCUGAUAAAGGAUGCUGACAAGAGUCUUUUUAUUAUCAAUUCCUCUACUGGGGAAAUUUCUGUGAUGAGAACAUUGGACAGAGAACAACAGUCACAGUAUGUUUUAAGUAUUCUAGCAAUGGAUUCAGGAAGCCCUCGACAGACAGGGACAGGGACAUUAACUGUGGUAGUCAGUGAUCUAAAUGACAAUAAACCUGUUUUUGAAAAGGCUCAUUAUAUAGCAACCAUAAUGGAAAAUCGACCAUCUGGCUCUGAAGUGAUUACUGUGACUGCCAGUGAUGCAGAUGAGGGACGUAACAGUAUUCUUAUGUACACUUUAAGCGGAGAUCAUCUGGAUGAAUUUCACGUUGAUCCUUCCACAGGCACUAUUAAAACACAUACUGUUUUGGAUCGUGAAGAGAAGGAUGUAUAUGAAGUGGUUCUAAUAGCAAGAGAUGGUGGGCUUGCAAUACAACAUUCUGCAUAUGUAAAUAUAACCAUUAAAGUUGGAGAUGAAAAUGAUAACCGGCCAACCUUUGCUGAACAAAAUUCAUCAGUAUAUCUUCCUGACAGUGCAGCAGCUGGACACUUUGUUUUUGGAGCCUCAGCGCAUGACCCUGAUGCUGGAUUGAACAGCAGGCUUGUUUUUCACUUAUCUGGUACUGAUGCAGACAAGUUUCAAAUUAAUCAAGACACUGGUGUGGUUAAACUUGUUCAAAAACUUGCCAAUAAACCAGAAGGUUAUAAUCUUGAAAUUCAUGCAACUGAUAAUAGUCCUACACCAUUAUCUUCAAGUACUAAUGUAGUGGUAUACUUAAAACCAGCCCACCUUUUUCCACAUUUUCUUUCUGGCAAAAGACAUUUUAUUUUCUCAGAAAAUGCAGAAAAUGCAUCAGUCACAACUGUAUCUGCAUCAUCUCCAAAAAGGGGAGAAGCUGGAAAGAUUACCUAUCACAUUGCUGGUGGAAGAUUUGGUGAGGCAUUCCAUGUUGAUACACAAAGUGGAAAAGUCUGGCUUAUUGGAGGACUGAACUAUGAAGUCUUUUCAAAAUAUGAAAUAUGGAUUGAAGCAAGAGAUAAUGACAUUCCUUAUUUGGGAACUGCUGUAAAAUUAGAAAUAGAAAUUAUUGAUGCCAAUGAUAAUAAUCCUGUUUUUGAGGCUGAAGUAUAUAAUGCUACUGUAAUGGAAGAGCAAAAUCCUCCACAGUUUGUGCUAGUUCUUCAGGCAGAGGAUGCUGACAGUGGAGCAAAUAGUGAAAUAGCAUACCACCUUGUGAACAAGGAGACACCUGACAUUCCAUUCAGUCUAGAUUCUGAAACAGGAAAGAUUUACACAAAGUCAAACCUUGACAGGGAAGAAUUUGAAGUUUAUAAACUUGUAGUUGAAGCCGUGGAUCAAGGAGUACCAAGUAGAACUGGCACGGCUACAGUAUUUGUUACUGUGCUUGACAAAAAUGAUAAUCCUCCACGUUUCACUCGUUUAUUCAGUGUUAAUGUGACAGAAAAUGCUCCUUUAGGAGCUUUUGUAAUACAAGUGACUUCAUCAGACAAAGAUAUCAGCAUGAAUGCAAAUGCAACCUACAGCUUUACUGAAAAUCCUGGAAGGAAGUUUCGAAUUGACCCACUAACUGGAAAUGUUACAGUAGCUGGCUGGCUAGACAGAGAAGUACAGGAUGAAUAUCUUCUAAAAGUGGCUGCUGUAGAUGGGUCUUGGCGUGCUGAAACAACAUUAACUAUUACAGUUCAGGAUGAGAAUGACAAUACUCCUGUAUUUAAUGAAAAUAUAUACACUUUUAAUUGUCCUGAGCUGCAAUCAGCCAUUUCUUUCAUUGGACAAAUAUCAGCUACAGACCAAGAUAAACAUGGGCCAAAUUCAAUUGUUACUUAUUCAUUAAGGCGUCCAUCAGAUUACUUUCGUAUCAAUCCAUCGAGUGGAGAAAUACUUAGUAAACAAGUCCUGCAUUAUAAAUGGUCAUCAAAAGGUUUUUCUCCAGAGAAUCACCACACAUUUCAAGUUGUUGCAACUGAUCAUGGAAAACCCCCCUUGUCAGUGGAAGUAACAGUUGUCAUUAAUGUUGUGGAUUCCAAUAAUAAUCCACCAGUUUUUGAAAAACAGAACUAUUUUACACCUGUCACUGAAAGUGUCAGAAUAGGCACUUCUGUUAUUCAAGUUGUUGCCAGAGAUAAUGGUGAUGUUGGAGUAAAUGCUCAAAUAGAUUAUCAAAAGGCUGGAGGAAAUGGAACAAAAUAUUUCAAUGUGAAUAAAACCACAGGAUGGGUUACUAUAGCUGAGUCUUUGUUGGGUCAGAAAGAACAGCAUUUACUGCUGCAUGUGAGAGCAGUAGAUAGAGGUGUGCCACCCAAAUCAUCAGAGGUGCUCCUCAUUGUUACAAUAACAGGUGAAAACCUCCAUGCUCCUGUCUUCACAGCUCUCAGCUACCAAGUAAUUGUUCCUGAAAAUGAGCCACAGAGCUCAGAAAUACUAGCUGUGACAGCUACUGAUAGAGAUCAAGGUCUCAAUGGAGAAAUAGUUUAUUCAAUAGUAGCUGGCAAUGAUGAUAAUAAGUUCCAUAUUGGUCGCAAUACAGGUUUCGUGACUGUUCAGAAACUUUUGGACUAUGAGGAAAGUAAUAAGUUCCAUCUGAACAUCACUGCUACAGAUAGAGGCUUCCAAGCAAAACACACUAUGUCCAUGUUGACUGUUAUUAUAACAGACAUCAAUGACAAUCCACCUGUUUUUAAUGCAACAGAGUUCACUUCUUAUGUUACAGAGAACAGACCUCCUGGAACUUACAUCACACAGUUAAUUGCAAAAGAUGCAGAUUCUGGAGCUAAUGCAAUUAUUCAAUAUUCAAUUAUACAGGGAGAUAAAAAAGAACAAUUUUCAGUUGAUCCCCAGAGUGGCAUUAUUUUUUCAAAGAACAUGUUUGAUUAUGAAGAAAAAAAUGUUUUUGUUUUGGAGAUAAUGGCUAGUAAUCCUGGUUCUUCCCAAUACAGCUUGACAAAACUAAAAGUUCAUAUCAAUGGUCAGAAUGAAUUUUAUCCUCAGUUUAUACAACCAGUUUUUCAGUUUACUGUAAGUGAAUCUGCAAGUAUUGGAAGUUCAGUGGGAACUCUGUUAGCCACUGAUAAAGAUGCAGGUGCAGAUGGUGACCUCUUCUUCUUAUUUGUUGGCAGCAGCAAUGAUCGUGGCUUCUCAGUGCAGUCAAGAACAGGGGAAAUUACUGUUGCCCGAAGACUAGACAGGGAAUCACAGUCUCGUGUGGUUGUAUCUGUAAUGGUAAAGAAUAGAGGAAGUAUUAGAGGCAAUGACACUGAUGAAGCCCAAGUUGUCAUUAGUGUUCAAGAUGGUAAUGAUCCACCAUUAUUCUCUUUGUCAUCGUAUGAGGCUCAGGUGAGUGAAGCUGCAGAGUUAGGAUCAAAAGUCACUACAGUCACUGCUGUGGAUAAGGAUGUACACCCAGAAAAUAGCCAUUUUUCAUACUCUAUAAUUGCAGGAAACAUCAAUCAGGUGUUUGGAAUAGAUCCACAAUCAGGUACAAUCCACAAUGCUGGAGAACUAGAUAGGGAAUCCUUAGCAGUUUACAACUUGACUGUUGCUGCUGUUGAUAGAGGUUCCCCACCACAAACAGGAACAUCCACUGUUCAUAUUCUUGUUACUGACAUCAAUGAUAAUGCUCCAGUUUUUGACCCACCUGAUGUUAUUGGAUAUGUUAUGGAAAAUGAACCAGCAUUUACAAGUGUAAUGGUCUUGAGUGCUACAGAUUAUGAUUUACCUCCCAAUGGUGCACCCUUUCUUUAUUUUUUGGCAGGUGGAAGGCAUAAAGACUUAUUCCAAAUUGAUCAUCACACAGGUUUAGUCAAGACAACUCAGAGCAUUGAUCGUGAAAGUAUUCCAAAUAUUGAGCUGCUUAUUGAAGUUCGUGAUAGUGGAUUUCCAACACAAAAAGCCCAGCAUCCUAUUAACAUUAUGAUUUUAGAUAAAAAUGAUAGUCCUUCAUCAGUUAGAGCUUUAACUGUCAUUGUUUGGGUGUACAAUAAGAAGUUCUAUGGUGGGAAAAUUGCUGAUGUUCAUCCUUUUGAUCCAGACCUCUCUGGUAAUUAUCAGUGUACACUUCACAAAGGAGACACAGACAUGUUUAGGAUUCCAAGUAAGUGUGAUCUCCAUGCAGUACCACUCCAGAAUCCACAAAAUUACACUAUAACAGUGAGGGGCAAUGAUGGUAUACAUGCAGAUGUAAUAUCCACAACAUAUGUUCAGUUCAUGAAAUUUGACAAUUUGACUGUAGAAAACAGUGUAAUGAUGCAGGUUUUAAAUCAGUCCACUGAUGUGUUUUUGAUGAAUCAGUUUCAGCAACUUCAGAAAGUGCUAAAGGAUAUGUUUCAGGUAGGCAUCAUGAUUCUCUUAUGGUUUAUGGGUGUGAAUGAUAGUCAAAGCCACGUGGAGUUAACACUUGCUGUACAGACAAAUUCUGGUAGCUAUAUCCUGCCAAAAGAUGUUCUGGUUAUGCUCAGAGAGGGAAAGAAACUUCUUCAAGAAUCUAUAAGUUGGCAAGACAUCACAAUUGGAUUUGAGCCUUGUGAGAUCACACCUUGUCAAAAUGGUGGGAAAUGUCUCAGUUACCUGGAAUUACAAGAUUCUCUUUCUAUCUUGGAUUCUCCUUCUCUAGUCUUUACAUCUCCAGUUGUUAGCCGUCAAUUUACAUGCACGUGCACAAAAGGAUUCUCAGGGCCUUUAUGCCAGUACAAACAAAACCCCUGUUCCCCUAAUCCUUGUUUAGGAGGUGGCACUUGCCAUCAUGAUGAUGAAAAUUUCCAAUGUGUUUGCCCAUCUAAAUAUCAAGGGAAGCAGUGUGAAUCUCCAAAAACUGAUGCAUGUGUAAGCUUACCAUGUCAGAAUGGAGGAACUUGUGAAGAAGCACCAAAUGGCUCAUUUUUCUGUUUAUGUCGUCCAGAUUUCAGGGGUACUGUCUGUGAACAGACUACAGACAGCUGUCGUCCAAAUCGCUGCUUAAAUGGAGGAACAUGUAUUGUUGAAAAUCCUGGUUAUCGUUGUGCCUGCAAAGCAAACUAUUUUGGAAGACAUUGUGAGAAAUCACCUUUUGGCUUCCACCGCUACUCUUACAUGGCUUUUCCUGUACUGAAACCCACAACUAACGAUAUAUCUAUUAUUCUUGCAACCAACAAACAAAACAGUCUCCUUGUUUAUAAUUAUGGUAGACCAAGUGGUGGUAGAUCUGAUUUUGUUGCUUUAGAGCUCCAUGAUGGCAGACCACAGUUCUUAUUUGGUGGUUCUCGUACAGCUGUUGCCACUAUUGCAGCAAGAACAAAUGUAGCUGAUGGCAGAUGGCAUAAAAUAACUGUGAUACGCAAUGGCAGGGUGACAUCUUUAUCAGUGGUUGGUUGUUCAAACAGUGGAGAAGUUUGUGAAGAAUGCUCCCAUGGCAAUGCUAGUUGUUCUGUGUCCACAACAGGCCACAUUGGGACUCUAAACUUCAAUAACAAUCCCAUGUAUCUUGGAGGUGUUCCUACUAUUGAUCCUCUUCUUGAGCAGCCAGGACAAGUGAGCACAGAUGACUUUGUGGGAUGCAUUCACAGUGUGGUAGUAAAUGGUCGUGAACUGGACCUGAACUCUCCUCUUCAGUUUGCUCAUGUUACUCCCACAUGUGAACGACAGCAUAACAGCUGCAGAACUGACAUUGAGUCCCUCUGUGGAGAAAAUGGCAUUUGUGAAGACUUGUGGUUUACAACCAGUUGCAUUUGUGCAAAUGGCCUGUGGGCACCAAACUGCAAACAAGUUUUUAAACCAAUUUCAUUGGGUGACAAAGAAGCAUAUAUAGAAUUGGUUCCACAAGAAGAAUUGCGCCGACUUCUAUUAAAAAGCUAUUCUUAUUAUAAUGGGCACAAAUGGAAGCGUUCAUUUUCCAGAACUGAAUCUUCUUCAACAAAGUCUCUUUCUGUAACGUUUCGGACUAACUCACCACAUAGUCUUCUCAUCUAUGCAUCUUCAGAAAAUGAAUACACUGUUGUUCAGAUAAGAGAUGGACUUUUGAGGUAUGGGUCUCAUUUAAAGAAUGGAAAUCCUGUCACUUUAUCAGUGGAUAAUAUAAACGUAGCAGACGGUUCAUGGCACACACUAACUCUAAUAAUUAGAGCAGGCAAAAUCAAUAUCACAUUAGAUGGAGAAUGGCAGUCAACUGAUAUAGAGAGUCAAAUUCAUGAUUUCCUUGAUCCAUUCUUGACUACAAUGACUAUUGGUGGACACUGGAAUCAAGUCAUAGAUCAAAGGGACAAUUCUAUUCCUGGCUUUCAAGGAUGCAUACAUUCAUUAACUGUUGAUGAAAAAGUCCAAGGAUUCAACUUAAGUGGAGGUUUUUUUAAGAUGAUGCCUCAUGGAAAUGUUCAUACAGGCUGUAGUGAAGAGGUAUUAGGGUUAGAUGUGGCCCCAACUGACCCUCUUAGUAUUGGCGUAAUACUUGUUAUAGUGUUUUUUAUUAUCCUUAUACUUGUUAUCAUGAUCAGUUUUCUUGUCUUCCGAAGAAGAAAAUUACGUCGAGGAAAAACUCAUAAUCAUAUAAAACCAAAUGGUAAUGCAUUUCUGGCCAGUGCCAGUUGUGAGAAUCAAAGGAAUUAUCAAGACCCAGGUUAUAAUGAUCCUGUUCAAGGGGAUGAUAUUCAAAGAAGUCAAUUACCACAGGAUUUAGUGCCAAAGAAAAUGAAAGAUCGAGAAGUGCCAAAUGACCGAUCUCAGCGACCAGACAUAAUUGAAAGAGAAGUUAUACACAAGCCUUCUAGUAUAUCUAUGCAGAGAACAGAUGAGUUAUCACUUCAGGAUGCUUCUAAGCCUUCCAAUGGGUUUGGAAUGCAUGAUAUAAAUGGUUCAGAAAUUCCUGAACAUUAUGACUUGGAAAAUGCCAGUAGCAUUGCUCCUUCUGAUAUAGAUAUUGUUUAUCAUUAUAAAGGAUUCCGUGAUGGAAAUGUGCGAAAGUACAAAACUAAUCCACACAUUCCAAACUAUCACAAACAUAACCAUAGACACAGUCCUCACCAGUUUCAACCUAGUCCUAUUCGAGAAAGUCCUUGUAGUGUGCUUCAGCAAAACUCAAAUUCUGUUGCACCCAGAGAAAGUCCAUCUGCUCUUAAAAUGCAAAACACCCCUCUUGCUCGUCUGAGUCCAUCAAGUGAAUUAUCUCAUCAGACUCCACGCAUCCUAACCCUUCAGGACAUAAGUGGGAAGCCUUUACAGACUGCUCUGCUUGGCACCUCCCAAGGUGUGGGGUCUAAAGAAUUUAAAGAUCCAAUUACCAAUUCAGAGAGAAGUCUCAAUAGUCCUGUUAGUAACCUAAGUAAUAGUACCAUUAGUUUACAUUCUCGUUCACAAUCAGGAAAUAAAAAGAAAGCAAGGGAUUCUGGAAUUACAUUAGGUUUAACAGCAGAAGAAAUAGAAAGGCUCAAUGCUCGGCCUAGAAACUCCAGUUUGGUUAGCACUUUGGAUGCUGUCUCCUCCUCAAGUGAUGGAAAUACUGAGAAAAAUAAACUAGCAGAACUUUUAGAAACUAACACAGAACUCAUGGAAGCUCCCGAUUCCACCACUGAUGAGAGUGGUAAUGACUCUUUCACAUGCUCAGAGUUUGAAUAUGACAACAACUAUGACAAAGUGCAUCGGGACUUUGAACCAGGGAAUAUGAUUUUCUCCAAGCUUGCUGAAGAAGACAAUGAAAAUGAGGAGGACUCUGCCAAAGCCUAUGAUGGUUUUGAUUCAUUCAGGGGUUCUUUGAGCACAUUGGUAGCUUCAGAUGAUGACUUUUCAAAUCUCUCAUCUUACAAACCCACACAUGGUUCUAUGUUGGGAUGGGAUUACCUCCUUAACUGGGGACCAAACUUUCAAAACCUAGUUGGUGUAUUUAAAGACAUAGCUGAGCUUCCAGAUACAGUCAAUACUUCCUCAGGACAUUCUAAGCCUGGUGAAGAGUAUGUGUGACUUAACUUAUUACUAUUAGAGAAGAAAAUGUUGUGUUCUGUAAAGUUCAGUUAUCAUUCUUAAACAAAAAUAUUGUUUGUUAAUGGAUUGAAAAUAAAAUCUAAUAAACUUUGAAGUUUAAAUAUCUUAAUGUUUUGCUAUCUUCAUCAUUAUGCACAUGCUAAAUGAACAGAGAGAAAGCAGCAGUUUUGAAGAACUGUGACAAUGGUAAAACACUUUAUAUCAAGUAUAUUUUGUGAAUAGAAGAUUAAAUUUAUCUUCUCGGUAAGUUAAUACUAUUGAGCAAUAGGAAUGUAGAUUAAUCUAGAAAAGUUUUCUCCAUUUCCCUGAUAAGUGACCUUAAGUAUAUCUUUAGCAGUCUCUAAUAUUAAAUUUUUUGAGCCCUUUCUCUGUGUCAAAAUUAUUAUGGUACUGUUAUGUAACAUAAUGGACAGUAAACUUCUUUUGUCAUAGAAGUUGAGUGGAAGCAAAAUAUAUUUAUGGUUUAAGAAAGAAAUGUGUUACUAAAUUAGUAACACAAGAGAAAUCCAUAAGUUGCAGUGAUACACUAUUAUCAUGAGUGGCAAGUUGUGUUUACUUGAAGAUAAUUGAAUUAUGAAAAGACCAUCUGUUAAAAAAAUGUCAUUAUAUACUUAUUUUUUUAGUAGAAAAAAAAGUAAAUUGUCAAAUUUUCAUAUUUCAGUUACAAAAGAAAGAUAAUACCAGUCUCAA